AGCGACAUUGGCAUCCAUCCAUCAAUCCUCCGAGCUCCACGGCAAACAAACAACCAGCAGAAAAGCAAGGCAAACAGGCUACGAGCGGCGAGUACGCGAGGCCGAGGCGACACCACCAGUUGGAUUACUGCUCCACCCAUGGCGCCCAAGAGAUCGACGUCGCUGUCGUCUGGAAGCAACAGCAGCAGCGGCGGCGGUGUGUGCCCGUUGGCGGCGGCGGCGGAGCAGCCGAGGCUGCGCGGCGUGCGGAAGCGGCCGUGGGGCCGGUACGCGGCGGAGAUCCGUGACCCGGUGCGGAAGGCGCGCGUGUGGCUCGGCACCUUCGACACGCCCGAGCAGGCGGCGCGGGCCUACGACGCCGCCGCGCGCAGGCUCCGCGGGCCCGGCGCCACCACCAACUACCCCCAGGCCUCAGAGCCGGUUCCAGCGGCGAGCGCGAGCGGGAGCGGCGUGGUGUACGAGCCGUCGUCGUCGUCUUCGUGGUCCCUGCCGCUGCCGCCGCAGGAGUCGGUGACGGUGGCGGUCGCGGCGUCACUGGACCUCAGCCUGGCGCUGCCGGCUGAUGCGGCGGCGGCCGUGAAGCCCUACCAGCUGUUCAUGGACCCGACGGCUGCGCUGGCGCUGCGUCAGUUGUUGCCGCCGAGGAGCGAGGAAGAGCGGAGGAGCCGCUCCGCACGGUGGUCAUCGUCGUCGUCGUCGUCUGCGGGGCAGGUGGUGGGCUUGGGGCUUCUUGACCUCAACCUGCCUCCGCCCGUCGAGAUGGUCAUGUAGUAGCGACCGAAAUGAGCAUCACCAAUUUCGAAGGUGUCAUCAGCCAGGCAGCUACCGUGUGUAACACCAAUGUAAAUAGGCAGCUGUUACUGUUAGCUAGCGUGCUUUUGUAGAUCACUCUUUUCCCCGAUCAUGCAAGGCAAGAACUUCCAGCAAAAGUAAAUCUCUCUCAUGCAGUUCAUCAGUUUUCACGGAAAUCUAUCGCCAAAAGAAAAAAAAGUUUUCACGGAAA